UUUCUUUUUGCAUUCAAAUGCAAAAGAAAUUUCAGCAGUUAGGAGCCAGUGGACCUGCAGUUGGAAGUCAGGUCACAGCAACGGCAAGACAAUGCGAGUACGGAACGACGUGGGUCCCUAACACAGUUAACGCUCCUCCUUCUUCUGGAAACGAAAAGUCUUUCAUCUGAAAUUGCCAUAGCAAUAACAAAUCAUUCUUCUCGUCCCUUGCUUAAGCAAUUGAAGUCGAGGAUGACGAUGAUGGAUGCGAUCAGAAGUUCUUCUACUAUGAUCUUUUCACUUAUAGUUAUUUCCUCUACUAUUUUUGCUGUUUCUGCAAACAGCGGCGUCUUCAGCGUCAAGUACAGAUACGCUGGCCGUGAACGCUCUCUUAGUGACUUAAAGGCACAUGAUGAUCGCCGUCAGCUCCGUAUUCUUGCCGGCGUCGAUCUUCCUCUUGGCGGCAGUGGUCGUCCUGAUGGUGUCGGGCUUUAUUAUGCUAAGAUAGGAAUUGGAACACCUCCCAAGGACUACUAUGUCCAAGUGGAUACUGGAAGCGAUAUUAUGUGGGUUAAUUGCAUUCAGUGUAAAGAUUGCCCCAGAACAAGCACCCUGGGAAUGGAUCUUACACUGUAUGAUAUUAAGGACUCAAUCACUGGCAAGUUGGUUCCUUGUGAUCACGAAUUUUGCUAUGAGAUAAGUGAAGUUCCAUUAAAUGGCUGUAUUGCAAAUAAGUCUUGUACUUAUCUUGAGAUAUAUGGAGAUGGGAGCUCUACUGCAGGCUAUUUUGUGGAGGAUGUUGUGCAAUAUGAUAGAGUAUCAGGUGAUCUCCAGACUACAUCGGCAAAUGAAAGUGUUAUAUUUGGGUGUGGGGCUAGACAAUCAGGGGAUUUAGGCUCAACUAAUGAAGAAGCUCUUGAUGGUAUUCUUGGUUUGGGAAAAUCAAAUUCUUCAAUGAUUUCACAAUUGGCUUCCACAGGAAAAGUGAAAAAGAUAUUUGCUCAUUGCUUAGAUGGCAUAAAUGGAGGUGGUAUCUUUGCUAUUGGGCACGUUGUGCAACCAACUGUUAACAUGACACCUUUGAUACCAAAUGAGCCCCAUUACAAUGUCAAUAUGUCAGCAGUUCAAGUUGGUGGUGAUUUCCUACAUCUUCCAACAGGAGUCUUUGAGGCGGGAGAUAGGAAGGGAGCAAUAAUAGAUAGUGGUACAACCUUGGCCUAUCUCCCAGAAGUGGUUUAUGAUCCAUUAAUAAGUAAGAUAUUCUCUCAGCAACCUGAUCUGAAAGUUCAUACUGUACAUGACGAAUAUACAUGCUUUCAUUAUUCUGGGAGUGUGGAUGAAGGAUUUCCAAAUGUAACUUUUCAUUUUGAAAACUCGGUUGUCUUGAAGGUGCAUCCACAUGAAUAUCUAUUCCCCUUCGAAGGUUUAUGGUGUAUUGGAUGGCAAAACAGUGGAAUGCAAUCAAGGGAUAGAAGGAACAUGACUCUCUUAGGAGAUUUAGUACUUUCAAACAAGCUAGUUUUGUAUGAUCUCGAACGUCAGGCCAUUGGAUGGACCGAGUACAAUUGCUCAUCAAGUAUCAAAGUGCAGGAUGAACGGACAGGAACAGUACAUUUAGUAGGUUCACACUCUAUUCCUUCUGCUUGCAGUUUGAAUGCACAGUGGAGUAUAAUUUUGCUGUUAAUCAGUACGCUGCUGCAUAUUUUAGUUUACUAAAUUGCUACAACCAGCACAGAAUAGCAAUGGUCAAUACUAAGAUAAAGAGAUCAAAUAUUAGAAAUGAAACAUACAUUGAACAGCAGAUACUAUAUUCUUAACCUGACAUUCACUUUGGGUUAAUAUUUUCUUCCCAUAGUGAAUUGUGGAAAUUUAUAGGGGCCUUCAGCAGGUUUGGGUGUACAUAGACUCUUUUUGCUUACAAGGGUUAGGUUCUCCAGUACUGCUAUAAAAUCAGUGUAUUUAGAUGGAAUUUUGAUGCUUACAAUGCAUAAGUGCACAUGUAAGUUUUCAGGCUGAA